UUAUUAGUAUUAUCUAAUCUGCCGUCUGACCCAAAAUGAGAACUUUAGAGGAGGUUCAGGCCACUCUGGAGAUCGCCAAGCUGAAAGAGGAAGACCUACAAAAAACCAUUCACUGUCUGUCUUUUGGAGAAAAUGUUUCCUCUGCAGACUACUGCCUGAUGGAGCUGGACGACACACUGUGCAAACACAUAGAAGCUGGCCAAAGUCUCGUGAUCCGAGGGGAUACAGAUGAACAUGCAAUUCUCUGUAGCGGUGACAAGACCUACGAUCUAAAAAUAGCCGACACAUCCAACCUGCUGCUAUUUGCACCAGGAUGCAGAACACCAGACCAACUGACCAACAGCCAGGAAAGCUCUCACGUGGUGCACACUCAGAUUUGGGGAUUUUGUAACAGCUACUGGGAACUGAGGAAACAGCGUCCUAAACUGAAGAAACUGAAAAAGAUUUUAAUGGAGAAUCCUUAUGAAGGACCAGCUUUAGUGGGGCAGGAGGAGAACACAGAAAACAGGUACACAAUGCAGGAUCUGUUGGAGAGGAUCCAGGCCAGUGAAGAGGAACUCAAGACCCAAUUGGAGACCAUCCAUGCCUGUCAGAUAGAUGGCUACUGGCGCGUUCUGGACUUCGACUACGAGAUGAAGCUGCUUGGUCAUGUGACUCAGCUGGCAGAUUCUGAGUCCUGGUCCUUCAACAAGGUUCCCCUUCAAACCAGUCUGGAAGAGUUAGGUCCUCUGGAGCCCAAAGAGAUGAUCGAACACUGUCUGAACUGCUAUGGGAAACGCUACACUGAAAACGACAAAGUGUUUUAUGCUCUGCAUGAGGAUAAAGUGUGUCGGGGCGUGGCGCUACUGCUGCUGCAGAAUGCUGUCAAGUUCAACCUGAGAGAGUUUCAGGAAGUCUGGCAGCAGAGUGUCCCAGAGGGCAUGAGCACACGCCUGGACCAGCUAAAGAGCGUCGCCCUGGUGGACCGCAGCUCCCGCCCAGAGACCAUCUGCCUGCUGCGGGUUGAGGAUCUGUCAGAAGACACGCUGGAGCGAUUCAACCACCUCUUCACCAUCAGAGAGAAAUGGACCGAAGAUGACAUCACACCAUACAUACAGGACUUGUGUGGAGAGAAGCAAACCACUGGAGCUCUGCUGACCAAAUAUGCUCGAUCCUCGACGCAAAAUGGGAUCAAGGUGUUUAACUCCAGAAGGCCUGUGGCUACAUGAACAAGGUCAACUUGUGAAUUUACAUUGGAAAAUGAAUGUGGUUAUGUUUAUUCUCAGUGACUUCUGCAGUUGUUAAAAUACUUUUACUCAUAAUUGUCCUUAAAAAUGCAUUUUUAGCAUUGUCAGCUAUCCUCCUUGUAAAGUGUAUAAUAAAAAUAAACAACUCAAAUCCAGA